AUGCCAUUUUGGGACAUUAUCCAGAAGAGCAAGAUAAGCAUGACGACCCCGGCAGCAUCUGUCUCUCCCCCUGAAACGGCGCGGCUGGACACCUACAUCCAGAAAGCAUGGAAAACAAACGAACAGCUGCAUCCUUUCGGGGUCGCCAGUGAUGAAAGCGCAGCGACAAACCCAGCCAUCGCCCCGCCCACCUUGAGGAGAGGCAAGACAAACCGCAUCAUCUACUACAUCGGCAGCUUCAACCCGCCACACCUCGGCCACCAGGCACUGAUGGAUCAUGUCCUAGAGCACAGCCGGCACGAGGCUGACCCGGACUUCAACGCGGUGGCCAUCAUCGCCAUCACGCACGGCGAGCGCUGGGUGCAGCGCAAGCUCGCCAGGGAGUCGAGGACGACGCCGGCCUCGCCGCAAGGUGGCGGCCUGCACCUGCCGUUCGACCAGCGCAAGGCCUUGCUGGAGCAAGGGCUGCCGGCGUCGCUGCGGCGCAGGGGCGUCUGGGUCUUCCCCCGGCCCCUGGACGACUGGUUCGGCUUCCUGUGGCGGCUGAUGCAGGCGUGCCAGGACGACGGCUUCGCGCUCGAGAUGCACGAGCUGCUGGGCCCGGACUACGUCGAGUGGUGGCGCCCGCAGAAAUCCGGGCUCCACGGCGUCGUCACGUCCGACGUGUGCCGCGCCGCCGACUUCGUGGUGCCCGGGUCGCCGGAGCUGGAGGACAUGGUCGGGUUCGCGCCGUGGGAGCGGGUGAUAACUCGCGACGGUGGUGAGGGUGAUGAGGAUGGUGUUGGUAGUAGUUCUUCCCAGGGGCAGGGGCAAGAACAGACGGGAGAGCUAGAGGCUAAGAAGGGCGAAGUCUGGGUCUGUCGGGAGAGCGGACGGAGAUCCUACACAAUUCGGUUCGUCAAGUGCGAGGAGCGGGCGCUGGAUCCCAACCUCAGCUCGACGAAAUUACGGCAGAUUAUCGCGGGCGCCGACACGGAUGAGCUCCUGGACAAGGUUCGCGGGGCGGCCAUGAGUCCGGAGAUGUUGGUUGAGAUGGUGCGUGAGCGGAGGAAGAAUUAA